AUGGCUUUUUACGAUUCCUCUUCUGACCAAGAUGUCGCCGAUGGCUUUCCGAUUAUUCUCGAACCUGAUGAUGAUUCACUUUUCGACAUGCGAGGAGACGAUACGAGGCUAAACAACGAUACAAUGAAAGAGGUGCACCAAGUUAAAGAAAUCAAGAAAGUCAAGGAAGUUCCCAAAAAUGCCAUGGUUCCCAAGCAUCCAAUAAAUUCCAUGCAAGGUGCCUUUGCAGAGUCGAUGGAAGAGGCUAGCGACACAACCCGAACAGCACCCAAAAUCGGCGACGCAGCCACCCGACGAAAGAUUUUAAUCGAACAAGAUGUGUCCGAAGAUACGCAUUCUUUACGAUGGCAGAGGCAGCCAGAUCAAAAAUAUCAUGAAUUGUGGAAGUUGAUGGCACAAAUCUCCUUUGGGAUUUAUCUACUCCUCAAUGGAAUCGCCAGAGAUGAAGAGCAAGUUAUGUCGAUAUUGCAGGGUCAUGUAAAUGAGGUAGAUGGAUUCUUGGAGAUGACGUUGGAGGAUUUCGAUUUGGCACAAAGCGAUAUCGAGGAGAGGUUAAAACAUUUGAAACUUCCAUUGCAGAACAUCACCAUUUUCGAUGCUAUGUUGGAAGACCGAGCUUUCAGAUCGCAAAUCGUCAGUGGCAAUGAACGCAUUGAGCAUGUUAUUACACGUACGGCCGCUGCCAUGAAAGACACUCUUCUCGAUGCGCAACAAGGAAUGGAUGCUUGUAAGGAAUUCACUAUAUACUUGGCAGGGCAGAAGGAUAAUAUGACAUGGCGACAACAACGACCGAAUAUGGAAAGGGUCUUUGAUGCGAUGUGUGGAAAUGUGGAAGGUUGGCACAAGGCUUACGUCUCAUUGCAAACCAAAGGCCAUCACCUUGGAGUUGCCCUUGUUCAAUUGGGAACCAUUGUGGCAGAGAUGGAUCGGAGGGCUGGUCGUGUAAGUCGGGAGUCGAGGUUCAGUGUUUCGUCUCCAGUACAAGCCCAAAGUCCCCCUAUAUCUCGCAACCUUCGAGCAUCCAUGAUAAAAGAACUUCCUAGCGAUCCAAGCCCUAUUACCCCAGCGAUUUCGGCUACAUUGCCAGCAUUUUCUUUAUUGCGGACUCUUGUGGUAGAUCCAUCCUUGCACUUGAAGCCCAGUUCAGUAGCUCGUCCUCGGGAUCGAUCAGAUCAGCGACGUGUUGAACCCUUGGAUUUAUCGGCUGAUAGAGCGGAGCGUCAAAGAGAGAAGAAAAUUAGAGAGGAGCGCAGCCGAGAACGUCUUAGGGAAGAGCAUCGCAGAGAAGAACGUAAGCGUAAAGGAUCAGGAGGAUCAGGAGGACCUUUGAGUAUUCCACGCCGACCAGAACUAGCGACGGAUACACCCCCAUCCCGUGGAGUCGAUUCGGCAUAUUGUUCCGAAUCGGAUCCUCCAGUUGCCAUUCGUUCAAUACAAGAAACCCUUCCGUCACCAUCAUUUCAAUCUACUAUUUCGGCAGUUUCAGCACCAACUUUUAGUAACGAACUUGAGAUCCCAGCCAUGUUAUCAAGAGAUUUUAUCCCCUCACCUCAUUCGGACAAACAAUUCUUUCGUCCGGUUAACGCAUCCCCACAUUCACCACUGCAAAGACCUUGGACUGCAGCACCGGUACACCAUCACGAACGCGUACCGAGCUCGUUAUCAAGAUCCGUAGCACCAAGUCGUAUGGGGAUGAGUGUUAUGAGUGAUAUGACCACCGUAACAAUGGAAGAUGGAAAGAAAGUGAAAAAGAAGAGAAGCGCAUUUGGAUGGCUGAAAAAGGCAUUCAGUCUAAGCGAAGAAGAGAGAGCAGAAUAUGAAGAAAGGAAAAGGAGACAAGAUCCUGAUCCAUAUUAUGAAAGAAGACCACCGAGACAAUUUUUGGAUGGAAAGAGAUUACCACAGCCUCAGCCGGAUUACAGAGAGCGAGCUUGA